GUAUUUUUUGGUGCUAUUUUCUAAAAACACAUUGUUUCAGAUUGUGCCGCGUUUCGGACAAAUAAAAAUAAAAUGAAACGAUUAACAGACGAGCGUACCAAAAUUCUCUUCGAGAAGCUAGCUAAAUACAUCGGCACCAAUGUACAGCAGCUAAUUGAUCGUCCAGAUGGAACUUACUGCUUCCGUGAGCAUCGGGAUCGUGUUUAUUAUGUCUCUGAGCGUAUAUUGAAGCUAAGCGAGUGCUUCGGUUACAAACAGCUAGUCUGCGUAGGUACUUGCUUUGGCAAGUUCUCAAAGACCAACAAGUUAAAGUUCCACAUUACGGCUCUUUACUAUCUGGCACCGUAUGCACAGUACAAGGUGUGGGUGAAGCCUUCCUUUGAGCAGCAGUAUCUGUAUGGCAACCAUAUACCAAAAUCUGGCCUAGGCCGCAUCACCGAGAACGCUGGACAAUAUCAGGGAGUCGUUGUCUACUCCAUGAAUGACUUGGCUCUGGGCUUUGGAGUGCUUGCACGCUCCACCACCGAAUGCAAAACUGCGGAUCCAUUGACCACCGUUUGUUUCCAUCAAUCUGACAUUGGAGAGUAUAUACGCGCUGAGGAUUCACUCUUUUAGUUGUAAUUCAAAUGCCUUUUUUAAAUGUUAACCUUCUAGUAAAGUUUUACAUACAUAUUUUGUAGCCA